AUGGCGAUGCUCUCCGCUGACAGUCCGACAGCUUCUGUGAUGAAAGAUGAACAGGGCCGGCCGUUCAUCGUCGUUCGAGACCAGGGAAAGAAGAAGAGACAACACGGCACCGAUGCUGUGAAAUCACAUAUUGUUGCGGCCAAAACCGUUGCCAACAUUGUCAAGACUUCUCUGGGUCCUCGUGGUCUUGACAAGAUUCUUAUUUCCCCAGAUGGCGAUAUCACCGUGACCAAUGACGGCGCAACCAUUCUGUCCCAGAUGGAAAUCACAAACAAUGUUGCUAAGCUGCUAGUAGAACUUUCAAAGUCUCAAGAUGAAGAAAUCGGCGAUGGAACAACGGGUGUUGUCGUCCUGGCGGCAGCCAUGUUGGAGCAGGCAUCUGACCUGAUCGAUAAGGGCAUCCACCCAAUUCGGAUCGCAGAUGGCUAUGAUCAAGCCUGCGAGAUUGCCGUUGCAGAGCUCGAUAAGAUUAGUGACGAGAUCCCUUUUACCAAGGAGGACACUUCCAACCUACUGAAGGUUGCAAAGACUAGUCUGGGCAGCAAAAUUGUUUCCAAAUCUCAUGAUCAGUUCGCCAAGAUCGCUAUCGAUGCCGUCCUCUCCGUUGCAGAUCUCGAGCGUAAAGAUGUUGAUUUCGAGUUGAUCAAGGUCGACGGAAAAGUGGGCGGUGCUCUCGAAGAUUCUAUGCUCGUCAAGGGUGUUAUUGUCGAUAAGGACUUCUCUCACCCUCAGAUGCCCGAUGAAGUCAAGGAUGCUAAAUUGGCAAUUUUGACCUGCCCGUUCGAGCCCCCCAAGCCGAAGACGAAGCAUAAGCUUGACAUUACAUCGGUUGAGGAGUUCAAGAAGCUGCAAGAUUAUGAAAGAGAGAAGUUCACGGAGAUGAUCCAACACCUGAAAGACUCUGGAGCCAACUUGGUUAUUUGUCAAUGGGGUUUCGAUGAUGAAGCAAACCAUCUCCUUCUUCAGAACAAUCUCCCAGCCGUCCGCUGGGUUGGUGGUCCUGAGAUUGAGCUCAUUGCUAUUGCCACGAACGGUCGUAUUGUUCCUCGCUUUGAGGACUUGAAUGCAGAGAAGCUUGGAACAGCAGGUAGUGUCCGGGAAAUGACGUUCGGUACCACCCGCGAGAAGAUGCUUGUUAUUGAAGAUUGCGCCAACAGCCGUGCUGUCACUGUCUUUGUGCGUGGUAGCAACAAGAUGAUCAUUGAUGAAGCUAAGCGAUCACUACACGAUGCUCUCUGCGUUGUACGUAACCUGGUGCGAGACAACCGCGUUGUUUAUGGUGGUGGUGCUGCUGAGAUUGCCUGCUCUAUUGCCGUGGAAGAUGCCGCCGUCAAGAGUCCCGGAAUUGAGCAGUACGCCAUGCGCGCCUUCGCCGAUGCCCUGGAUGCCGUGCCAUUGGCACUCGCUGAGAACUCCGGUCUGAGCCCGAUUGAGACGCUUGCCUCGAUCAAAUCUCGCCAGGUCAAGGAGAAAAACACACGGUUGGGAGUUGACUGUAUGAUGACUGGCAACAACGUCUUAGACAUGCGGGAGCACUUUGCUAUUGAUCCCCUGAUUGGAAAGAGGCAACAACUUUUGCUCGCGACCCAGCUCUGCCGUAUGGUCCUUAAGAAGGUAGAUUAA